CGUGCCACCCACUAACCCGGAAGCGAGGAGAUGUAUAGGUAAGGUUGUUUUAGGAGAGGUGUGCAGUGGAUUAUUGACAAAACAAGUGGUGAUGUAUCAUUCACUGGCACUCUGACUUAUUGAGCCACGAGGUAAGCUGCAUGUUUUCACUUUAUGCUUUGCACCCAAAAUAGCUUACAGCCAUGAUGCCCACUGAAAUAACUGAAGUUAUGUGCACAGGCUGCAGAUUUUAUGCCUGUUAUUCACACGUGUCACAGCUUCAGGACUGGCUUGUCUGAGAGGCAAAGUGCCUUACAGCAGGUUUGCAGAAUUAGCACCAAGUGUGUUUACACCUUCCCUUUAUUUUAUUUUUUCAUACAUUUUGUGAUAGCAUGAUAGUGAUAAAUAUUUGCAGUAAUGACAUACUGAUCCUCUAUAGCAGGGUUCACCCAACUCUGUUCCUCAAGAUGUUGCUGAACUACAACUCUCAUGAUUCUUUCAGUGAAAUAGAUAACCCGAGAAUCAUGGGAGUUGUAAUUCAGCAACAUCUGAAGGGCCAGCGUCUGGGGAACCCUGCUAUAUAGAAAUGAUCUGUGUCCUAUGUAAAGUAUACACACACAGUCUAUAAAUGUCUGAUUGUCAGUGCUAAUUGUUACUGGUACCGGAAUGUACAGAAGAAUUAUGUGCAUUUAAAGCUAAUUUAAUGUGCAUUUUUAGGGCUAAACACAUUCUGAAGUUUAUCCUGUUAAACCUGGUGUAUGUUUCAUACUCCUCAUUUCAUAUAGUUGGUUGUUCCCAGUGGUGAACAGGUCUAGUCAAAUUUUCUGGUAACAUGGCUGUAAAUUAGGCAAAUUUUUAAGGACCGUAGAAUCAAUGCCAACACAGUUUUACUUAGUAGACAUUCUGUUAAAUGCUGAUUUAUUUGAACUCAGAUUACCAAACUGGUAUAUAAAUUCAUUGGUUUGGUUUGUGCCAGAGAUGAUUCUACAAGUGCCUGCGUUUUUAUGUGAUUCUUGAAACACUUAUUUUGUAUUCUGUAUGAAGUUUUCUAACCAGUUAUUCUUUGGAAACCACUCCACAACUAACCUUAUGUUAGGGAGACUCUGGACAUACACAAAAUAACUUCUUGUUUUUCCUGUUUUUUAUUUUACUCCCAUUAUAUAUUUAGAGUUGUUUUAAGACAAUUAUAGACAUACCUUCACAAAGCUUUUAUCUCAAGAGUACUACCUAGUCAUCAAUGUGCCUCCCAUAUGUCAAAUCCAAAGUAGAAAACAAAUCUGCCAUAUUGUAAGACAGGUUAAGUCGCAUGACAAGCAGGGAAUUUAUGCUAUUCAUGCACAAAUAUUCAUUUUCAUGUUCAAAAACUUCUUUGUAUUUCUUUGCAAGUAGUUGUGUGGAUGCACUCUAUGUAAAGUGCAAAUUGUGUGUGCACAUAGCCUGCUGAUGGAGGAUAUAGUAGCAUACAGUAGUCAUUGUUAUGGUAGUUCCUAGUUAGAAGCAAAGGUGAGUCCUCUGAUUAUUUUAAGUAUAUUAAUUUUGUAUCCUUAGCAGGUCAUGGAAUGUCUACUGUUUGUUUAGAGCUCCAUGGAUCACUGUCUAAUAAAAAGGUACAAUAAUCUACCAGUACGGUAACUAUUUCUGCUGCCUAUGCUGGGAGUUGUAACAUGGACAGUUAUCAUUGCUAUGUUGCUGUAUGCUACACCUUUAUAUAGAAGAACAUUUUAAACGUUUAUUUUUAACUAAAUUGUCACUUUUGUUCCUACAUGCAAAACCUGUUCACCUGCAUUGACCCUGAUAUUCUUUUUUUUCUUUUUUGUGUUUUUAAGAACGCUGGGAAUUUAACCAUAGAUGUGAAAUUCAAUAGUACCCAUGACAGUAUGUGCUAUCAGAAGGUAAGCCAAACACACACAUGUUGGUGUGACAUGCUCAGGGCUGAGUUAUUCACAUGACUGAUAAUGUUGUAUAUUUGUUCCUAUUGAAUGUUCUGGAACUGAUAAACUGAUCUAUGGGUUAUACUGUUUAAUUCUGUUUUUCACAUUGCCAUGUGACUAGCAUGAGAAGAUACUGCUAUUAUUUGGAUACAUACAUCAGUUUGUUUUAUAAAGAUUUUCAAUAUAUGUAUUUAAAAAAAACAGAUAAAAUUCGUAUCUAGUCAGAAAUUCUUUGGCCUUGAGAAAGGGAGGUUCUUCCAAAAACUUGUCAAAAAUUCUGUUAGUCCAAUAAAAAAAAGGUUACAAGAUACACAUUUUAUCUAUUUUUUACAUCUACAUCACUGGACUAAUACAGCUACAAUCUCUACAUAUAUAUAUAUAUAUUUUGAUGGGUUGGCUUAUUGUGUUAUCUUUUGCCAUAUGAAAGCUUACAUAACAAUCUUCUUCAUUUCCUUGCUGGAAAACAUGGACUUCUUGGGGUCAACACUAUUUGUUUACAUGUAAUGUUAAUUAAUAGAUAAAAAUAUAACAACAACAGAAAUCAACAAAAUUGAUCAAAUAGAACAGGAGGUUUAAUUCAAUUAACUCUAUCUUUGAACAAAGUGGCAGCUGCCUUGGGCACCAGUCCCAGUACCCAUGUGAAUGUCACCCCAUUUCCGAGGCCAAACUUCUCAGGCGUCACAGAUUCCAAGGCAGUGCUGUUCCCAACAUGCAUCACGACAAGUGAGGGCAGAGGCUUAUAAACCUCCCGAAGAGCGCCAGAGUGUAGACAGAGGCAAAUAGGGUUUGCUCCCAUAGAAGAUGCAAACCGCUAUGUGCAGCCACUGGGCCACAAAGAAACUGCACUGCGUGGCUUGGCUCAUAAAAGCUAACAGAUGUUACUCCUGCUUACGUGCAUCCAGCUCUUACCCCGGGUUAUAAGUCAGACCAUUCAAAAACAGUUUGACUACUUACAGUGUGGGGGCGCCAGGGCACUCCUUGCGUCCAAACUACUACAAUGAGUUGUAGUGGUUACGGUGCUUGGAGUGCUCCUUUACUAUUCUUUAAUAAAUUUGGCUUUACUGCUAAAUAAUAAUUAGAAUGACAUCUUGUUUAUUUGUGUUAAACAAAUUACUAUAUAGUUUAUUUUCCAUAUAUCCACAAACGUUAGUAGAGCGGUAUUAAAUUAUGGCAGUUUUGAAGUGAUAAAAAUGUUGUGAUUUAUUUUUUGUAAUUUUGUUUUUUAAAAUGUAUUUAAAAUACAGUAAAUUACAGUUUACAUGGCCAGCAACAUGAGGUGCAAGCUCACUAAGAACUCAACAUGGCUCUCCAAAUCCUUGCUGCAUACAUUCCUACUUGGAUUUACCUUUGUGGGCCUUGGCUCAAGUCGGGUGCUGCUUGUGAAAUUUUCUGCUAAUGAAGGUUUGAUUUUAUUUUUCUGUUCUUUAGCUAUUCUUUCUUUUUUUUAUUUUUGUGGUAAUGGUGCAUAAUUAUACCCCACACCAUCCAAAAAAAAGGCAUCAGUGUGACUUAGCAUUGUGUGAUAUAUUACACUGGGGUUCUUCCUGACACCUGUAAAUUACCCCUCCCUAGCCAACUAGGAAAUGCUGAAUUUACACGUACACCUUACCUGUGUCAGUUUUGUUCAACCAGGACAGUGAUAAUUUGCCAAGAGCAGUAAUGCUAAGAACAGCUUUACUAAUCACUUUAGAUAAACUGAAAUGCUUUUUAAAUUAAUAGCAUCCAUACAGCAGUGUUUAUUGAACCGUGCUAUGUGCGCUGCAUGCAGCAGCAUUGUUUAAUGAACCGUGCUAUGUGCGCUGCAUGCAGCAGCAUUGUUUAAUGAACCGUGCUAUGUGCGCUGCAUACAGCAGCAUUGUUUAAUGAACCGUGCUAUGUGUGCAGCAUACAGAAGCAACGUUUAAUGAACCAUGCUAUGUGCGCUGCAUACAGCAGCAAUGUUUAGUGAACCAUGCUAAGUGCGCUGCAUACAGCAGCGUUUAAUGAACCAUGUUAUGUGCGCUGCAUGCAGCACCGUGCUAUGUGCGCUGCAUACAGCAGUAUCGUUUAGUGAACCGUGCUAUGUGCGCUGCAUACAGCAGUAUCGUUUAGUGAACCAUGCUGUGUGCGCUGCAUGCAGCAGCACCAUUUAAUUAAGUGCGCUGCAUACAGCAGCGUUUAAUGAACCAUGUUAUGUGCGCUGCAUACAGCAGCAGCGUUUAAUGAACCGUGCUAUGUGCGCUGCAUACAGCAGCAUUGUUUAAUGAACCGUGCUAUGUGCGCUGCAUACAGCAGUAUCGUUUAGUGAACCGUGCUAUGUGCGCUGCAUACAGCAGUAUCGUUUAGUGAACCGUGCUAUGUGCGCUGCACACAGCAGUAUCGUUUAGUGAACCAUGCUGUGUGUGCUGCAUGCAGCAGCACCAUUUAAUUAAUCGUGCUAUGUGCAUUGCAUAAAGCAGCACCAUGUAAUUAACUAUUCUUUGUGUGCUGCUUGGCUCUCCUGGGAGAGAACACAGCCCAAUGUGUUUGCAUAUUUCUCCCCAAAUCUCUGCAGUUCUUCUAUGCCAUUCUCAGAGAUGAGAUUAUACUCAGGGUUCUUUAUCACCUUUACAGUAAUGUAUGGAAUAGAUUGAUGAUUUACUGGCUUUCUUACGGCGCUGCAAUAUUUUUUAUUUAUUUUUGCGCACACAUUCAGCCAGUCUAUAGGAAAGCAUUCUCAAUGCUUUCCUAUGCAGGUUCAGCACGCUGGAUGCGAAUUUUGCUUUCCUAUGGAUGCUGGCGUCUUCUGACUGUGAAAAUCACAGUGAGAAUCGCCUCUAGCGGCUGUCAAUGAGACAGCCACUAGAGGCUGGAUUAACCCUAUUAUAAACAUGAAACUGCUAUGUUUAUAGAAGAAAGGGUUAAACCUAGAUGGACCUGGCACCCAGACCACUUCAUUAAGCUGUAAGUGAAUCUUAUUUAGGAAAGUUGAAAUUCGGCAAAUGUAAAAUCUGGUAGAUUUAUUCUUAUUUGAUGGUCCAGGAAUGGUUAAUGAUCUGGUAUGAGCAUUGCUUUAAUUGAAAAAAAAAUUGCAACAGAAUAGGAUAUCUUGCCUAGGAGGAUUGUAGCCACUCAGUGUGAUCUAACUGCUAGCUGAAGUUUUAUUGCUUUAGGCUGUGUUGUGUGUUCUGUGUGAAGUACCCUAUCAUAAAUCUUGUUAAGUUCUUGACAACUGGUUGUUUUAGCCGCUGUAUUGUGUUUAAACCAUUGCCAUAUCGUAUGCCUAAAUAUUCACUGAUUGUCACGCAUGUUACAUAUUAUUAUUAUUUUAUUAUUAUUGUCACAAUAAAUUAUAUUUUUAUAAUCAAAUUGUGAUCACUGUGUGAAGUAAAAAUCCUCUAAUGAAUGGCCUCUAGAAUUUAAGAGAAUUAAAAAUCGUGGGUAAUUCUCAGCUUUAUAUUAUCAUUUCCGGGAUACAGUGCCAAGAUAUACAUUUUGAUGUAAUAAAAAUUAUUACAUUAAUUUGUGAUUUUUUUAUUUAAAUUUUUUUUUAAAAUUUUUUUAAAUUCUUUAUUUUUCUUGUGCAUUGGAUUACAGAACAGAGCAGCGGUUUCAGGCGUUUCAAUGGCAUACAUGGUCAUGGCAGAGAUAAAUAGCACUUUUUUUUUUUUUUAGAUAAAACAAGCUAGAAACGUUUUUAAGUUUAUAAACAUAUUAAGUACAGGUUAGCUUUGCACGUCUAUUGUGUUGGUCGUGAUGGGGUUGACAAGCUUAAGGCAAGAAUCAUACCAUGAUUCCAACGUGCAUAGUGGUGAUUAGAAACAAUUAGACUUUGCCUAACUGGCUAAGAUUUACAUAAUAGGCAUAUCCACAUAACUGCACACAUUUUUUGUCAAGCGAUCAAGAGUGGCACUUUUAAAGGUAUAUAGUAACGUUCAGCUCGGUUAUGUUGUUUGCAUGAAAUCCUUCACACUAAUGAGCUGCCUAAUUUCUAAGUAUAUAUAGAGAUGGGCAUGGAAUUAUGUAGAGAUAUUCUCAAGAUUGCAUAUAUGUCUAAACUCUGAGCCUUUGAUAGUUAUCGACAGGUUAAUUUUGUGAAGGUAAAGACCACUGGCUUUGUAUCUAUACAGCAUUAGAGUAUGUGAGGCACCUAGAAAGCAUAGAAAAUACGAAACAAUAAAAACAUAAAGAUCAAACAGUCGCAGUGUGCAUGCAUACAGGGGGUACAAUUAGGCUGAUAUGUAUGGGUUAGGUAUAGAGGUCCCCUCAUUAACAGCUGCUGUUUGUGGUUAGUCCCAUAAGGGUGACACUGCGUUAGGUAGCGAGCCUGCUUCAGCUUAUGCCCGAGGAUGGGAAACGAGAGUCUCAAUAUUAAGACAGGAGUCUUGUUGGUAGGGUGUCUCUAUGGCAGGCAACGUGUUGUCACUCCUAGUCCCAGGAGCUCUCGCUCAGCCUACGCCAAGACUUGGAAACAAGUGAGUGUAGUCCUGAGGUGUUGCUGGGCGGGGGCCUGGUAUGGUCUCUUUCCAGCCCCAGGCCUUGUUUUGGGCCCACCUGAUGACACCGCCGACUUGAGGGCUUGUGACAGGAUCCUUUCUAGAGGUGGCGUGACCGGGUCUCCUGGGAGUUUGGUGCUGUUUGUGGCAAGGAGUCUUCUGCUUUUCCGCUCUAUGUGGCGGGUGAGCUCCUCAGGUGAGGAGCCUAGGUCUAGGUGGACCUUGCUUACAAGGUGCAGUGGCAUUUUGGAUGCUUGUGUGCUUGAGGGUUAUAUGCGCCUUAUGCCCGUCUCCUCUUCGCGCUUCCGCCUCACCCUGAGCCGGUGCCCUCCCGGUCCGUGCUUCCAGUUUCACCCAGAAGCGGUUAAAGAGCUCGUCCAGGCGUUGCUCCAAGGUGACUUGUGGGCUCGGUACAGCUGGUGCUAUCCGUUGCUUGGCCGAGGAAGGCCCGCUCAUCGUGUUGAAUGGGAUUGUGGCGGUCUUGACCCCCGCGUUGGCCGUCGUCUGGAUGUGACAGAGGCAAGUGGGGGCCUGCAGUAGGGACUUGGAUUACCCCCACCGGUCCGGGGGGGGGAGGCAGUACUCUGGGUACUCUGUCCGUGUUAGGGCCAGGAGAGCGGCCACCUCUCCUAGGCCCAAGCUCGUCUAGGCCGCAAGCCUCCCGUGCGUGGUCACAGGUUCAGGUGGCCCGUGCCGGGUAUCUCUGGGUUCAGUAACCUCCUCCGAUCAAGAUUUAGGGAAGUUCCAGUCCACAGGAACGGACUGUCAGGCAGUGUACCCUGAUUUUCGGCACCAGACUCGGGAGCUCAUGAGGAGCUCGUCUGGUCCGCUCGGCAGUCAGGCUCCGCCCCCAAUUUUAGAUUUUUAUGAAAAUAUUAUUUUAAUAUUUAUCACCCCAUAAAUAUCCUCACAUCACCCACUAAAUUUGUGAACUGGAUGUAGGAGCUUUGAAUUAAGCUACCUAGGGACGUACCAUGUACCAUGUUUGUUAUCCUGAUAAAAGUUCAUGGUAGGAACUGAAACGCUGAUAUUUUGGAGUAGAAAGAAGCUUUAUUUAAAAAUCCUGGGAGUGAUGAUUUUAUUUCUGUUCUGCAUGUCUAGUGCAAUGUAGCACCGGGUUCUACAUUUUUGUAAGUAGGAGUGCAAGGCUUUUUUUUUUUUAUUUAUUUUUUUUAUAAAUAUAUAUCUAAAAUAUAUUUAUUACACUGCUCCUAGUUUUUCUCCCUUUCUUCUGAUAUCUCCUAUAUAUAUGAAAAUCUGAGACGUACCAAGUGAGAUUGGAAUUCCAAAGGUCAAGUUGCCACCUUAUUAAGUGCACGAACACCUACUGUUUAGAGCCUAUACCUUGAAAAGGCUCUAUACCAUGUGAGCUUGCAUUUAAAAUGUUAAAUUCAAAUUAUCCACCCAUACGUUAUUACUCUAUUGUGUUUUCUUCUGUAUUUUUAUGUAUGAAAUACCCCCUUGAAGUUUGUUUUAAUGGGGUAAGUGCCCAUAUUUUAUAUAUCUUUUUGGCAGCACUCUCAAUCUCUCUGUGGAAUGGUGAAUGGUAGCACCAAAACAGUGGGAGUUUAAAUACAAUUUUCUAUGCUGUGUGUGUUUGUGUAGUGUAUGCAGUGUGCAUGUUUGCGUGUUUGCGUAGUGUAUUCAGUGUGCGUGUAGUGUAAGGGUAGUCAACCUAGUCCAUUCCGCCUACUAGCGGGCGUUUGGGGAUUUCAGGUGGCCGGUAGUGGGUUCUGCAGAAAUCACCAAGUAGGCCUCGAUGGCCGUGGACCGAAGCACAAACACAGACUGCCCCCUUACACGCACGGCCCCCUUCACACACGCACUGCCCUUCUCACACACGCACUGCCCUUCUCUCACACACACACAGCACCUCACAGACAAACAUAGAAAAAGAAAGUAGAAUAGAAAAAAGGGAAAAAAAAUAUACAUUUAAGUACAUAUUUAAAAAAAAAAAAAAGACUUUCUAAGAAAGAAAAAAAAUCGCAUUUGCGCUAUAAAAUUAGUUAUUGCGGCACUGGUGGGCAUUAAGGAAAUUUUACCAUUAACAAAGAUACAAGAGUGGGCAGUAUUAUUAAAAGGUUGACUACCCCUGGUGUAGUGUAUGCAGUGUGUAUGUGUAGGGAAGGCAGUGUAUACAGUUUGUGUGUGUAGUGGAUGCAGUGUGUGUGUAUAGUAUAUGCUGUAUAGUGUAUGCAGCGUGUGUGUAUAGUAUAUGCAGUGUGUGUGUGUGUGUAUAUAGUAUAUGCAGUAUAGUUGACGCAGUGUGUGUAUAGUGGAUGCAGUGUGUUUGUGUGUGUGUGUAUUGUGUGGGACAAGUGCUGGGGGUGAGCAGUGUGUUCCCUCCUCCCGGACUCUUAUCUGUGUCCAGGGAGGGCAGUACACUAAAUUCUAUGGUUGUCCAAUGAAGAGGGGCCCAGAAGUCUCCAAGUUCGUUCCACCUCCAGCAGCAGCAGGUCCUCUGUUCUCGUGAUCCGCAGGUUGUCAUCGCAACACUCCAGCUUGCAUUGCAUGCGGAGCGGCGCAUUGCCAUAGCAACCUGUAGCAAUGCUCUUGCAGAUUGCGAGAAUAGAGGACCUGCUGCUGCUGGAGAUGGAACAAAUGUGAAGACUCCGGUAAGCGGCCUGGGCCCUUUACAUAAGACACAGGGGCGGAAAUUUGCCGUCCGUGUCAAAGUGUGCCAAAGGGCAUACCCUUUAUACCUGAAAUAGCACUUGUUUUCCCCUGAUAAAUCUCCCACUAUUUAAUUUUCAAUGUAUGAACUUGUUUUCAAUUUGGCUGGCCCCAGUGAAGGUGACAUUUUAUACUCUAUAAAGUAAUUCCAAGUAAUGCUACUUAUGGCAUGCACACUUUAACUCCGAACAGCUUAUGCUUUUACACUCUGUGCCCUGUAUUCAGUCCCCCGACUGUAUUGAGUCCAAACUAGCCAGACAAACCUAAUGAAUGGAUGGAAACGCUUGCAUUUGAUAUAGAUGAAUAAUUAAGAAAAACAAUGUAUGAUCUUAAAAUAUGCUGUCAAAAACAUUACUGAUGUUUUUUUAAAGCACUGAUGUAGAUAGAAAACAUGUUAAAAUCUUCAAGUUAUACUUUUGUUUUAUUAAUUCACAGAUAAUACAUAUGACUAUGUUCCAGCUACAGUAAAUGUAUGUGCUGAAGCUGUUAAGCUUAUCUUCUGCAUGAUAAUGGCUGUCAGGAUAAUUGUAAAAGGUGAGUGUUCGUGCAGUACUGUUUGUUAAAGGAACAUGCCAACGUUAGAAAUACAUUUUAGGUUUCUGAAUUGAAUGAGUGUUUAAAGUGAGUGAGGAAGCAAACCCUUCCGGCUGUCCAGUUGGCACUCGGGAGGUGUUACUAAGGGAGUUUAUAAAAGUACUAAAUUCUAUUGAUAAAACAUGGUAAAUGUGAUAUAAUGUUAAGUCCUAAAGCAUUUCAGUAAGCUGAAGUGAUUUAGAGGUUGGAAUGUUUCUUUAAGACUGUAUUCCUAAUCUAUUUCUCUGGGGCUGUGUUCACUGUGAUGAGAAUGACCAUUUCAUUACUAUUUUUGGUGCAAUAUAUGUAUUGCUGGCGCUAUCGCUCCCUCUGCUUCCCUCCUCCCUCACGUUUAACCCCGCUUUUUUUUAAUUUAUUUUUUUACUUAUUUUUUCCAAGGGUCGAAGCUCUGCCCCCUCCAAACGUCGAGCGGACGCUACUGUCACUGUGUGCAGACUUUGUGCUGCAAAGUAAACAUUGCAGUUUCAGUGGCACUGCAUUGUUUACCAAUGCAGCACCAGGUGCAAAAGGGGCACUGCACCGAGACCACUUCAAUGAGCUGAAGUGGUCUGGGUCCCUUCAAAAAAAUAAAUAAAUAUAUAUAUAUAUAUAUAUUUACAAGCCCACUUGCCUAAGCAAUAGAUUUUAUAAUACACACAAUACAGAAAGCAGCCACAUUUUUCCAAUUUUCUUAUUAAAUGCCUAUUAGAGAAGCACACCAAAUAACUGUGUAUUUUCCUUAUGUAGUUACUAAUGUUAAAUAGAGAGAUACAGCAUGGUACAACUAAUCUUUAUACUGUCGCCCAUCUAUCUACAGAUCUAUAUGUAUAUGUUUAUUAAUGCCUUUGCUAUAAGCAUAGGAAGGUGAAUGAUCACCCAGAAUACCUUGUAUAGUGAUUGUGCUAUUUGUAAUAUUCUCCCUUUCAGAAAAACGGCCGUGGAGAUGCAGUAUGUGCCUUUCUUUAAAGGAGUUUUGGAAAGUCAUCAAAUGGGCCAUUCCAGCAUUUCUGUAUUUUCUGGAUAAUUUGAUAAUUUUUUCAGUUAUGAGCUACCUGCAACCUGUAAGUGUUUAUGCUCGUGCUGGAUAGGACAAUGUUUGCUAUAUUUUAUUUAUGUUCUGUUUAUUUAUUGUCCCCUUUCAACUUGAUUUUCACUAUUUAAUGUGUUCAUCAUAUUGAAUAAAUUGUUGUUAAAUUAAAGGGAUACUCCAGGCACCCAGACCACUUCUGCCCAGUGGAGUGGUCUGGGUGCCAACUCCUACUACCCUUAACCCUGCAAGUGUAAUUAUUGCAGUUUUCAUAAACUGCAAUAUUUACCUUGCAUGGUUAAGUCCUCCUCAAGUGGCUGUCUAUCAGACAGCCACUAGAGGAACUUCCGUGUUCUUAGAACACGAAAAGUGUUUUAAGCAACGCUAGACAUCCUCACGCUAUGUGAGGACCUGCUUUCCUAUGGGGUGUUCUAAUGCGCCUCCGCAGCCAUUGCUGAGCAUGCGCAUUAGGUGUCCCCCACCUGCUGACGUCGGCGGGGGAGGAGACUAGGCGGAGCCUGACCAGCACCGAGGGAAUCGGCGCUGGACUCCAGUAAGUCACUGAAGGGGUUUUAACCCCUUCAGCAAUUUGGGAGGGAGAGGGGCACUACAGGGUCCUGCAGUGCCAUGAAAACUAAUGUUUUCCUGGCACUGGAGAAUCCCUUUAAGGCAUUAAACUAAAUCCAUACCUUGAGGUUUUUGCAUUACACAGCAGUUUUUCUGGUUGCAUGCUUAGGACACAUAACAUUUUUGAACAUACAAAAUUAAGUCCUCCGCUCAAACUCCCACUACUCUUUGGCAGCAGCAAUGACUAUAAUACACAUCAGCCCCAAUACAUACAAUAAAAAUCCCAAAUCCCUAUGCACAUUUAAAUCACUGGAGGUUUUUUAGUGUCACUCUAUGGCAGACCGCCUGGCACCCUGACCGGGUGCGCCUGACAAUCGCUGGUUCUUUAGUGCUUACCUAGUACCACAAGCACCGCACCAGACACCAUCAGCACUGUAGUCCCCACUUCCAGCGUUGCAGCUUGGUUGGGGUCUCGCUGUCGUCCACCCACCCUGGACCUAAGAUCAGGAUCCUGCUUCCAGUGGGCAGACCUCUGUGUGAAGUGUUCUUGCCGCCACCAGUAGUCUACAACUGGAGUGGGCGGAGUAACUGUUAUCAUUUAUAUAGCACAUUUAAUUGCAACGUUGUUGCACAGUUACAUUAAACCAUACAUUUAUAAAAACAUUAGCAGGUGUUCAAAAGGCCCUGUCUAUGACAUCACUUGCUGCUGCAGCCUGGCACAGGUCAGAGUAUUUUGGCGGUUGCCAUCUUCAAACGGUCGUAUUUUAAAAACUAUAAAUCCUACAGUGAAGAGCUUUAUAUUGUGAGAAUCACAAGACCCAGACCUACAUCUGAUGCAUAGUAUGUCUCUGAAGUAUUACAAAUGAAGGCACAGUCGCGGUUUAGAAAUUGCCCUUCAAAUGUGAGCUGGCUAGAGUGCAGUUUCAAUGAAUGUCAAUGGACGGCGUUGGUUGCAAACAAAUGGUCAUAUUGUGAAAAUUAUCAGGACUAUGGCUUAGCCGUGGACAUUUUUAGUGGCAGCAGUGAUUGCUGAACGUUUUGAUAUAAGAUUUCUGUAGGUGGGUUUGAAAAUGAGGGAGUGGUGGCAGUUUAGAAAUCAUGUCCUGAUUUUUCAGCUCCCACUCUAGUUUUGAACAUUUUGCCAUUCAUUCCUAUGGGACCAGUUUCGCCACAAGAACAACAAUAUUCCGUGAACCAUUCGGCGAAACGCUCCACAAAGUAAUAACAAUCCGCACGUUUCGGUAUAUUUCUGUCUAUGUAGUGUAAAAACUGUGGGAGGAGUUAGGGUGGCAAAUUUGGCUAUAAUAAGAAUAAUAUAUAUGUGAGAUAACAUUAAGUGGUCUUGCUAUGCAAGAACACUUAAAUAUACAAAAUUAAGUCUUAUGCUUAAACUCACACUACUCCUGGGCACCAGCAUCAUAACAUUUUUGGUAACUUUUUCUGCCCUAUCCUAGUCAUAGUGUUAGGUGCUAUAACUUCAAAAAGCAUGUAAAAUAUAGUUUUCUGAACCUAGAAUCAAAGGAAAAUUGAUUACAUGUUACAGUAAUGUUCUGUUAUAUUGUGCACAGUUUACACAUUAGCCCUUAGCUAAACAUGGAGGGAAUUCUUUAUCAACUGUUAGAGCAAUACUCUGCUUCUCUGUAUGUUGUAUUCUUUCUGUAUGUUGAUUAUAGCCACAUUUUAAUGUUCAUUAGGAAAGUGACCUGAUUUCCUCCUAUGGUGAUGUCUGAAAACCCAAGGGUCUCUGCAUACCCUAAGUUUGGGAUUCCCUAUUUAUUGGCUAGAGGAGUGAUUUCUCAUUAUGACACUCAAACCUCUGCUGGCUCAUUUGCAUUAACCAUAGCAUAGCAUAGUCUUAUUGUUUAGUCGGAAAAAAACACAUUAUCAUGUAGUAAACCCAUUUGUACAUCAAUUUCAAUGGAAAACUGAGUUUGUGUCCAUUUGUUGUAACCAACGUAUAUGACUUUUUUUUGUUUGUAUUUUAGGCUAUGGCUGUAUUGCUUUCCAAUUUUGUUAUCAUCACAACUGCAAUUUUCUUCAGGUUAAUUUUAAAGUAAGUCGUGAUGAAUAUUCAUGCAUGUCUGUCUGUCUAUCUGAUAUCAUAUAUGUUUUCCUAUUGUCUGUGGUGGCAUCCAACAACUGUGGAAUCCAAGUUGGCAAGAAUAUGGCUUAGCUAAUUAAACAAUAAAUUAAGCAGAAUAGGUAAAAAAAAUAAUAAAUAAAAUAUUUGCAUCUUAUGUUUUGUUUUUCUAUCAGUGUUUAUCCCGCAGAUCUCUGUAUGCAAACAGAAUUUUGCCCAAAUGUUAAUAAGGCGGCAACAUUAGUUCAUAUAUAUGUUUAUACAAGAUGCAUAGUGGUAGUUGCUUGACUCAGUACAGUUUUUGUUAUUUUUGGGGGGUGUUUUUUUUUUUUUUAAGUCUAAAUUUAUAUAGUUGUAAACAAGUGCACAACACAAUAUAUAUUACAUCAGAGAUUCUGAAUGGUAUCACAUAUUUCAAACUUAUAUGGAAACAGUCACAUCACAGGAUUUUUAGUUCUCUGUUUACUUAUCUUGUCUCCCAGUCAGUCGUUGUUCUAAGUGCUGUACUUUUCUCAGAUUAGAGAAAACAUACAUAGAAAGAGGAGAAUUUAAACCAUGUUUCUAUUUCCCCUUCCUUAUUUGCAAUGUUUGCCCUGGCUUUGCCUUGUCUGAAGUGGAUUGAGAUGUAUUUUGAUAAAUCUUUCAAAUAAAUUUAAAAGAAAACAAAUUGUCUCCUGAAAAAAAGCUACUUUCACGUUAUUAGUGAUUUGCAAUGUUCUAUUCCUGGGAUAGGCAACCUUUGGCACUCCAAAUGUUGUGGACUACAUCCCCCAUAAUGCUCUUACACACAUCUGCAGUGCUGAAGGUUGCCUAUGCCUGUUCUAUUCAAUGGUGUGCAUUUCAGAGAAGUGACAGUUCCCCUUUAAUCAACUGCUGAUUUUAAACAGAUCAAAUCCAACAUGCCAAAAUUAACAAAGGUUGACUUUUGGCUUUUUUUUAGGAUGUUAUCUCACUCAGAAAUAUAGUUCACAGUGAGAACUGUAAACUGGGUUAGUCAGUCUGAUUAAUGUUACAUGCUGAAUGCUGCACAUUCUUAUGUGGUAAUUCCUGGAAAUAUCUGUAAUAACUGAUAAGACAAAAUAUUAAAACUAUGUACAUGUAAAACCCACACUGCAAAAAUCAUGUUAUUUGACCUAAGUUCAAUACAGCUAGUAAUUGGAAUUCCAAAUUAUCAGAUCAAAAUAAUUUGGUUCUGAUGUGAAGUUGGGCUGUUAAUAACAAAUCAACAACAUAGGUACUUCUCUUCCCCACCCACUAUAGAAGCCGCCAUAAUUGGUUCAAUGUGCAGUGGUUACAUUACACAUUAUCAUUGGUUACAUGGAUUCCAAAAUGGCCAUCAAUUAACAUUAAAGGAUCACUGUAGGGUCAGGAACACAAACAUGUAUUUCUAACCCUAUUGUGCUAAACUCGCCAUUUAGGAGGCUCUCCCCCCUUAGUCCCCCUAUAAAGGUUUAAAACUCACCUUAUGUCCAGCUCCGCCCCCUUUGUGACAUCAUCGAAAUGGCCCAUUUUUAGCCAGUCUAAAAUCGGCAUGGGGCGGGGCCAGAUGCUGUUUUGGCCAAUCAGGACUUCCUCAUAGAGAUGCAUUGAAUCAAUGCAUCUCGAUAGGGAAAAUUCAGCGUCUCCAUGCAGAGCGGCACUUGGAGCUGUCCCUAGGAGCAAUGUAAACACUGCCUUUUCUCUGAAAAGGCAGUGUUUACAUGAAAAUGCCUGCAGGGAGAUAUUAUACUCACCAGAACAAUUACAUUAAGCUGUAGUUGUUCUGGUGACUAUAGUGUCUCUUUAAUUAAUGUGGGCAUACUCAAAAGUUUAGAAGUGUUAAUAAAACACCCCCUACAUUUUGGAAGAAUAUAUUUGUAUUCUUUGCCUUAUGGGAUGCUGGCCCGGGCCAAUCCAUGUAGAAAGCAUGGAAUCAUUGAAGCAAAGGAAUAGUAUGGCAGGUUAGAUUAAUCCAGUUGUUUAAAAUACAAUGUACAUAUUUUAAAUGGUUUUGUUGUGCAUAUGUAUUUUUCUUCUUAUCCUUUUAUAAUGCAAUGUUAUUUGUGGGACUUGUUUUUGAUCAUUUUAAUGACUUCUUUUUUGGCACACUUCUUAUUCACAGACGCCAUCUUUCAUAUGUGCAGUGGGCAUCUCUUCUGAUUCUAUUCCUCUCUAUAAUGGGACUCAAUUAUCAAAGUGGAACCAAUAGCGAGGUAUCGGUCCAUGGAGUCCAUCAUAUAUUUCACUCCACCCCAUCCAAUAGCUGUGUAUAUUUGUCAAAGUCAGAGACUGAAGACAAAGACUCUCAAAGCACAUCACUCAACUAUAUCACUACCUUGAAAUAUUUUCCCAUUAGCCUCGGUCACCUUUUGAUUCUUCUACAAUGUGUUAUUUCUGCUUUGGCAAAUAUCUACAAUGAGAAAAUUCUGAAGGAAGGAGACCAGGUUUCUGAAAGCAUUUUUGUUCAAAACAGCAAACUUUAUGUCUUUGGCGUUGUGUUCAAUGGCCUCACUCUGGUUCUGCAAAAAGAACACUUGAGUAAGAUUAAGUCCUGUGGAUUUUUCUAUGGCCAUAAUGGGUUUUCUAUUGCUCUUAUUUUUGCCACUGCUUUUGUUGGACUUUCAGUGGCCUUUAUAUUAAAAUUCAGAGACAACAUGUUUCACGUCCUUACUGCACAGCUAACGACGGUGAUCAUUACGUUUGUCUCAUUCUUUGUGUUCAAUUUCAAGCCUUCCAUGGAAUUCUUUUUUGAAGCUCCUGUUGUUAUUCUCUCCAUCUUUAUUUAUAAUGCUAGUAGACUCUCGGAAUCUCAAAGCCCUACCAGAGAAAAACUAAAAACUGUGAAUGGCAAAGUGUGGGAGCGUCAAAGAGGAGUAAGUAUUGCUUCUCUUUUCAUCUCGAGGGUAGCACUUUAACAUUCCUUAUAUUGACUACAGUUAUUAUACUAAAAAUACUAUAGGACUGACUUUUAAUCACCUUGUGUGCAUCUGCAUAUUGAUACCAUAAAUACACCUUUUUGAUAUGUUUAAAUGUUUUUGAGAACUUGCAGGACUUCUACAGAAUGAGAUCAAGAAGAAAAAUUAAAGACUCAGCUUUUAUCACUUACAUCAGGCUUCCCCAAACUUCGGCCCUCCAGAUGUUGCUGAACUACAGCUCCCAUGAUUCUAAGCCUAUCUAUUUUAUUCAUAGAAUCAUUGUAGUUCAGCAACAUCUGGAGGGCCGGCGUUUGGGGAAGCCUAACUUACAUGGUUAUUCAGAGAUUUUCACAUUUAAGACCAAAGUAGCUAAACUGCAAGCAUAGAUGACUUGGAGAAUGUUUCCAGUUCACUUAUUUUGGCCUUAAAUUUGAAAUUCACUGUAAUCAACAAACACACAAUUACAAAAACCACCACUGAAAAAUGAAGGGUAAUCCCUAAUAAUUGUCAAAGAGGAAAGUUAGAAGUAAAAUAAAAUUACUGCACAUUUACACCUGAGUAGUUAGAUCCCAUUUUAAAAAUCCCUUGUUUAAUUUAUAGAUUUCCAAGCAAUGAGUUACAAAAUUAGUGUAGAAGAAGAGGUAAUAUUCACAAAAUAGAGAAUUAUGCAAAUAAAUCCACAGCCCCUACAGUCAAUCAAUACACAGAUACUAGUAUAGAAAGCCUUUCCCAGAGAAAUUGUUCCUUUAAACAGAUAGGCAGAAAAGGUGAUGUGUAACAAUUGGCUAACUGGGCUACCACAUCUAUAUACUGUGUUAAAUAGUGUAAUUCCCAAUACACAAAAUGCGUCUCUAAUUUAAUGUACUACAUAUUAUGGCCAGUAGAGGGCACACACAAACAUUCACUGACUAGAACAUGGGUAUAGUGGUUAAAUACAAGCCCAUACAGAUUCACUAAAUCAGCUUUUGUGCUGCCAUUUGUGGGCGGGAUUCGGUCCACAAUUCUGAUAUCCUCAUAGACAAGCCCAGCUGUCAGAUAUGCCCACACUCACCUGAUAUCAGAACUGCCAAAGUGCUCACGACUGUAUUGAUCUAAAAUUUAAAUUUCUCUUGCCAAUUCUUUACAAUUCAAGAUUUACAGGGUUAUUUACUAAACUCUGAACUGUAGCAAAUUCAAUUGUCAAAUCAAAUGUCAAUAUUUUGACAAAAUAGAGUUUGAAAUUUUUUGCCUCAAAUUUGCAAUCUAGAUUUUAACCCCUUAAGGACACAUGACGGAAGUAUUCCGUCAUGAUUCCCUUUUAUUCCAGAAGUUGUGUCCUUAUGGGUUAAUUUGCUACAGUUCGGAGUUUAAUUAAAGGACCACUAUAGGGUCAGCAACACAAACAUGUAUUCGUGUCCCUAUAGUGUUAUAAAUACCAUCCAACUCCCCUGGCCUCCCCCUUGCCCUCACUUAAAUAUAGUAAAUCUUACCUUUAUUGCAGUUUGCUGCUGCUGGCGCUCUGCCCUUGAUCUGCCUGCUAGGCUGACAUCAUCAGACAUGGUAUUCUGAGCCAAUCACACUGCUUUCACCUAGGAAAGCAUUAGAUUGGCUGUGCAGAUCAGGGGCAGAGCCAGCACAAGUCAAACACAGCCCUGGCCAAUCAGCAUCACCUCAUAGAAAUUAAUUGAAUCAAUACAUGUCUAUGAUGAAAGUUUAGUGUCUUCAUGUAAAUAGUGGAGACAUUGAAUGGCAGUGAUGCACAUCGUGCAGAACUGCCCCAGGUAUCACCUCAAGUAGCCAUCUGAGGUGUGGCCACGGGAGGUGCCUGCCCCUAGGCUCUAAUGUAAACACUGCAUUUUCUCUGAAAAUACAGUGUUUACUGCAAAAUGCCUGAAGGCAAUGAUUAUACUGACAAGAACAAAUACAAUAAGCUGCAGUUGUUCUGGUGACUUUGUGUCCCUUUAAUAAUUCCUAACCAUGAAUGAACCACACAUUGUGAUUUUAAAGGCAGCAUGCCCUGUAGGCUUCUGUUGAGAUAAGACUGAAGAGAAGUGUUCCAUACCAUAUCAUGUAGAGAUCCAUAUGUUUGUAUUUGUCUGUGAAAUAUUUUGCCUUUCAAGCACAAGUCAUGCAUAUGUGUACAUUUAUCACUGCAGGAUGGCCAUGAACUUGAGGAACUGACCAGAGCAGAUGAAUAUUCAGAAACUGAUGAUGAACUUUUCUAAUCAAAACGAAGAAAAAACUGGAUACUGGAAGGAGAACUGCAAUUUUGUAUUUUCAAUGAAAAGAUAGUUCCUCAGUGCUUAAGGGUCUGAGGUGUUUUGUAUGUCCUGGAGUACUUGAAAUUGAUGCAAGGGAUAUUUUAAUAGCCGAUUAAUUCAAAAUGAUAUGACAAUAUUCAAUGUGAAAAGAAAAUCGUAGUUUCCUUGCCACCUCAUCCUCAGAAUGAAUGUAGUUAAAAAGUAGACACUUUUUAGUAUUUAUAUAGCGCCUUUCUCCCAGUGAGACUCAAAGCACUUUUCAGCGCUGGCUCUAGGAAUUAACCACAGCUGAAUAAUAAUAGAUGUUAUUACCCAAGUGAUGGUAAUCAUUUAUCGACCUCAGAAUGAUGAAGAGCUGGUUUGAACCUGUGACCUUGCCUUUUUUUUUUUUUUUAAACCGGCUCUGAAAUUUACCAACUGAGCUAUAAGCCUACCCGUGUUGUAGUACAACAGUUCCCACAAUGCUUUGCCAGUUUAUAAUUGAUAUUCCAUAACAAAAUGUCUGCCAGGACUAAAAUGGUGGCAAAAAUGAUUUUUCUAGGGUUGCUUUUGCUGGUGAGAAGAAAAGUGGAUUCUGGGAUCAGUUAUAGAAAAGAUUGAUGUUAGAACUUUAGGUACAUGGAAUGCAGAGUUUAGAAACUAUACUCUGUAAACAGUUUGGUUAAUAGGACCAACUUUCUUAUUCUAUAAAGUUACUUCUCUUCUGAUCUAUAUGGAAGUUUUGAGUAUAUUUUCUAAACGAGUGCCUUAUAUAAUUUUUUUAACAAUUUGGAAUAUACUUUAUGUUUGCAAGUUUCGUUACAUACAUAUAACUUGAUUACAAACUAAGAAAAAACCUUCUAAUAAAUAUUGAAAAUAUUGUAUUACCAAAGUUACCAAUAUCCAUUGCUUUAAAUAAAAGAGCCCGGUAGUAUUUUUGUGUAAAAUGAUUGAAUGGUGUAAAUUAUCAUCCCUUAAAAUAAACUAUCUUGCUGUGUCUCUGUAUAAAAUGCAAUGCAAGCUGUCAGUAGCAGACUUGAAUAAGCAUUUCCCUUUUGCAUUAUAUUGUGGUAGAACAAUAUGAUUCAAACUUGCCUUCUGGAAGUUGCUUAGAGAUUUAUUGAAUAAUCUUGUGAGCAACACAGAGAGAAAGGAUACAAUUAAAUUGCCUUUAAGGACUAGACCAGGGAUAGGCAAUCUUCUGCACUCCAGAUAUUCGGGACUACAUUUUCUAUAAUUUUCUUACAAGCUAAAUUCCGGCAAACAUCAGAGGGAAUAUAGUCCAAAAUGUGCCCAAGGUUGCCUAUCCCUGGGUUAGGCAUUGCAAAAGGUGGGGGUUAUAUGCUUCUCACAGAUGGUCCAGCAUCAUAGUGUUGAACCAUAAAUACAAGCUCACUUAAUGACUCUAUAACAGAUCUUGAACAAACCUACUUAACAUUGUUUUUUGUGACACAAAUGAUGUGUCUUAGGUUAAUUGGGGAUGAUUUAUUAAUGUAAUCUGAAAUACAGAGUCAUACCUAGGGUAUUUGGCACCACUUGACACACAAAGCACCAUAGCUCAUUGUAGUAAUUAUGGUUACCCAAUACCUCUUAUUCUGUUUUUACAACCGUCUUCCUGUUCGCCCAACAUCCGUUUUCAUUCUGUCCUUUCUCCAUUCUCUUUGUUCACUCCCCCAUUUUCAGUUUGUCCAACCCCCAAACCUUUCAUUCUGUCUGUCCAACCCCCAUUCUUUGUUUGUCCUUCCCAUUCUCUGCUUGUUCAUCCCUCAUUCUGUGUCCAACCCCCUUUUCAGUCUACUCCCUCACAUUCUGUCUGGGUCCACCCCACAUUCUCUGUUUGUCCAGCUCCAUCCCACUCCACUAAGUAUGUCUACUCCUUAUGCUCUCUUUGUCAGCCCUCAUUCUUUGACUAUUCACCUCACUAUUUUCAGUCUGUCUAACCCUCAUUCUCUGUAUGUCCACAUGCCCCGCAUGCUACCAUACCUUGUGAAUAUCUCCUUAAUUUUUGUGUAGCUGAGUGGCACUGAAGUAGACAGUAUAUCAGUGUGCAGCAUGAGAGGUGAGUGGAGAGAUAUGACUUUAAGCUUCCACAACCUCCACUCACUGCAGGCUGAGAGUGCCAAGCUACUUGGACAGACAGAGUAGAGGAGCCUGAAUACCCUCUGUCGCAGUUCUACUCGGCUUUGGCACAUUUAGGCCCUGCAUAGUAAGGAGAGAGGAACUUGGUGCACUCCCAUAUUGGUUGUCACCUGGGUGGUCGGUUUCCUUAUUCCCCAGUAUUCUACUACUUAAAUGUCUUGUCUCUUCCAAAUAAAAGUCAGUGUUCAAAGUCUACAUUCGCCAAUGCAUCGGUUAGUGAAAAUUUAGCUCUGGAGAAUAGAUAUUCACACCUGACGAGCGUGCUUUGGGCCCCCAAGCUUGCAAUGGGGAGUAACUUUUAUGACCUGGCUAGUAGUGUAGGAUUUUCACCUCUUGGGAGAUAGGCUACGGUUUAAAUAGGCUUUUGGUAUAGAACCCAAUUCCUACUGUAAAUUCCCAAAAAUAAAUAUUUUGGUUAUCCCUACAAGCACUGUUCAUCCAGCUGCUGCUGCCAGAUUAUCAGAUAAACCCAUUUUCCCCUUCUCCUGAAGUUCAGGAGCAUUGGCCACAACAUGUUUAACAGCAGCUUGUCUUUUGGGGUGGCUGUUUUAAACUUCCCUUCGAGGUGAAGAAUCAGCAAUGUAUUCUACUCACCAGCCAUUCUUGACUCAUUUAACAUCUAAACAGGCACUUUAGGCUCCAAGUUUCCAUGAUAUUACUCAGAUUCUGUGUGGCGUAUGCAGUACAUGCCAUGUUUGCCAACAUUGUGGUCACUUUAGUAGUGAUUUAUGGAACGGUUCAAAUAUGUUUAUUUUUGGUGUUUUUUUUUUUUUUUUUUGUUAUAUUUUGUUUAAAAUGGUGCUAUAUGUUCUACAAAUGUCCUAUUCUGUUUUUACCCCGCCAAAGGGCAGUCAAGACUGUUUUGCCCUAUGUGAACUUCUCAUUGCUAAUAUAUGUGCACUAUGAUGAUCCAAUGUAUCACAGAGCUGAUUAGGAUUCCUAUAAAGUUGUAAUAUGAAUUAUAUCAAUAUUAAACCGAUUUCAUUUCUUUUAAUAGGUUACCUGAUAUUAAUUGAAAUAAGUGGUUCAGUUGAUUAACUCUUUUAAGUAUUAUCUGUCUAGUGUAUUCACGCAAAAGCACACCGCAAUUACAAGUUUAUGUUUGAAAAACUUUAUUGUGUUUCAUGAACAAUUACACAUUUUCAAAAAUUAUCAUUAUUACAGGUUCAGAGGAAAUUCAGAACAAUGAUUAAAACGGAAUGUUCUGUAACUCGUCAUAAAGUUUGUUGUAAAGAUUUUAAAAUUAGUAUGGUACAAAUUAACGUGGUUCACAUAAGUUAUAAAAUAGUCUGAAUCAGCUGAAUACAUCUAAAGAAAAAUGAUUUAAAAAAAAAAAAAAUCUUAUGUACAAAAUAAGAAAACAGGUCUUAUUCAAUUGGUUAUCACGCUCAUGUGUGAUAGAAAUUAUUUCAGAAAUAACUGGUUUUAUUUGUGUUUAAAUGCUGUGGCGUUUGUAUCUGCACCAAUAUAACUUUUGGUCACCGCUAUAAUAUAAUUGAUCAUAGAAAAUUGAUGAUAGAGAAAAUGCCACUUUUAUUCUUUUUUUGGUGUAUAAAUCAACAAAUACAUAGACACAUUUAUUUUUUUCUAACACAUUUUGUAAGUAAUAACUUGGGGAUAUUGAGUUUUUUAAAGCAUUGAUGGUUAAACUAGAUGCCCCAGGCAUAUAGUUGGCAUAAAUUUCGGCCAGCAGAAAUGUUAGCCCUUGUUGCAGUGUGCUAUGUAGAUGGUCUUGUUGUAGUCUAGCUAAAAUAAAGAGCAUUAUUUAUACAGCAACUGUCAUGCAAAUAUCAAGUGAUGGCACUUUAUAAAUGCAUUGUGCAGAGGUAUCCUUAUGCUACAGGCAUAGAGAUAAUACACUGCAAGUAUGCCACUUUAACCACACAUUGUGCAAAGUCUGAGUUGGAAACAAGGGACAUGGAUAUCUAUGGUUAUGCACAUUUGAGCUUACAUGCCCUGUGCCAUCCACCAUCACCCAGCCACACAUGCACAACUGAGUCUAAUAUUUAUGUUUAAUGUUGUUGUACUUAUGUUUAAUAGUCAAAAGCAUCUAUUAUGCUGUGGAUUUGGCUCUUAAUUCCUAUUUUCCUUUUGUAUCACAGAUAAGUAGAUUGCCAGCUAGGGGAAAUUGAGCACGGGUCCCAAAGUAGAACUGGCUAAUUUGCAUACAUUGGCAUUUCUGCAAACACAAAGUGUAUAAAGUAUCACAUACAGUCUUGUUUCUACAGGAAUUAUUGGCACCCAUUGAGGCACAUGUAGCAGAGAGCAGGAUAAAAACAUAAGGGAAUUAUAACAUUAUUCUACACAUAUGAAAACAGUUUUAAUGUGUGAGAAAUUGUAUUUACUUAUAAAAAUGUGUUUUACCCAUAUAUAAGCCUUUCAAACAACCUCUAUUUUUUAUAACGGCAAUUAUCUGCACAUUAUAUUGUAUUUCGAGCUCCUAUACGUUUUUUUUUUUUUUCACCUCUAUUUCUUCUUUUCUAAAAGCAAACUGAACAGUGCAAUAGGAUACACCAGCCCACCAAAGUAACAUGCUUGUUGCAUAGGCCUAUGCCAACUGGGUUAUCGAGUAUCUGCACAAAUAGAAUUGAUGGACCAGCAGUACCAAACUCCUGCACACUAGAGUUUAUUCCACCAAAGAAUGGAUUUAACAAUGACUCAUUUCGAAGGAACAGCGAGUUUGGUGGAAUUAACUCAUGGCUUCCUGAGUUUGGGGUUGGCUCCAUAAUGUAUCCAAAAACUAGAUUGAGGGGAUCUAGAUUUAGGUAAUUAUCUAGACAAUUAUGACUCUUUGAAGUUUAUUUUCCCAUUAUUGAUAAUGCUAUAUCUGUUAAUACUGGUUCCAUGAGUAAAUCUCAAUAAACGAGGUUCCUAUUCCUGAUUACAUUGACCUGUAUUGCUAUCCAGACCCUAAGUGGCCAAAUUGUCUGAGCUGCAUAUUUUAUUUAACUCCUCUAAUUUGUCUAAAUUUUGUAAGUAUAUUUUAAACUCACCACAUUGCACUAUUUAACAAUUAAAAAAAUAUAUACUUUCAUAUCAAGGCAACAGUUAUUUUUGUAUGUGAUCCACAUAGCAUUGGCAUGAUAAUCUUUUUUAUUUUUUAAAAGUAAUUUUUGUUUUGUGUUUUAAAUGUAAAUCACGUUUCUUAUAUAUGGUCAUGCUUACUAGUUAAUGAAAACACACACAUCUACCAGACUUGGCAACUGGGGAAAAAAAUGUACUUUGCCUGAAAU